AUGACCACCGUCGCCCUCGAAACCACAAUGGCAAGCCGCCCCCCUCCCUUGCCUGGCACGAUCCUGCUCGAGCUCUACACCUCGCACGCGCCCAAGACGUGCACCAACUUCGCGACGCUCGCCAAGCGCGGCUACUACGACAACACGCUCGUCCACCGCAUCAUCCCCAACUUUAUGGUCCAGGCCGGCGACCCGACGGGCACCGGCCGCGGCGGCGCCUCGAUCUACGGCGACAAGUUUGCCGACGAGAUCCACGCCGACCUCGGCCACAACGGCGCCGGCAUCCUCAGCAUGGCCAACGCCGGUCCCGACACGAACGGCAGCCAGUUCUUCAUCACGCUGGCGCCGACACCGUGGCUCAACCGCAAGCACACCAUCUUUGGCCGCGUCAAGAGCGGGCUCGCCGUCGUCAAAAGGAUGGGGCUGGUCAAGACGGGGGCCGAGGACAGGCCCGUUGACGAGGUCAAGAUUCUCAAGGCGCGGGUUAUCGAGGCUGAUGAGCUGUGA